UUACAACAGUGGGACGUGUGUGGACGGAGACAACUGGUAUCGAUGUGAAUGUGCUGCAGGGUUCACUGGCCCAGACUGCAGGAUCAACGUCAACGAGUGCCAGUCGUCGCCCUGCGGCCUCGGCUCUGCCUGUGUGGAUGAAAUCAACGGUUACAGCUGCAUUUGUCCACCAGGGCGCAGCGGUCCCCGCUGCCAGGAGGUGUCGGGGGGGUCCUGUGUGGUCGGUGGGCUGGUGGCUCUGGAUGGAAGCAGAUGGGAUGAAGACUGCAACACCUGCCGCUGCCACAAGGGGAGAAUCACCUGCUCUGAGCUUUGGUGCGGACCGGGAUUUUGUAGCCUCCAGACUCACAGCUCUGAGUGUCCGGCCGAUCAGACCUGCAUCGCCAUCCGGGACGAGCGCUGCUUUGUCAAGCCCUGCCACAGCCAGGGGGAGUGCUGGAGCCCCGCCCACUGGGCCCUGCCCACAGCCAGGUGUCGCCCAGAGGGCAGCUGCACCAACAUCACCUUCUCCUUCAACAAGGACGUCAUGGCAAAGGUCAGUCAGGGUGUGACGGUGGAGCGGGUUUGCCGAGAGCUCAGGACCCUCUACGUUGUCCAGAACCUAUCAUCUGACUCCUCCAUCUCUAUGACCUGUGAGCCCUCGCUCAGCAACAGCAACGAGAUCCAUGUUGCCAUCGUAAGUCCCGACCCCCCCGUCUGAAACUGAUUGAA